GAUCGAUGGGGUUGAUCGAAAGAACAUAGUCGGAUCAGACACAAUAGCUUCCAUCGAAGAUCAAGAUCAAACUGGCUCAAGAAAUCAAGCACUUCCUGCGGUGAUCGAUGUCCAUCAGCAGCAGGAUGCAGUACAACAACAGGCACGAAGAAUUCGAUCUCGACAACAUGGUGGUAGCUUUAGGGACAUAUUUUCUAGUCUCUUAAACUUCUGGGGUGUUGCUUUUUAUCUGUAUGAUAUCGUGGAGCUCUUCAUUCCUCAUGUUCCUCAGGGAUACAGGAGACUGCGUUGGCGUUGUUCCUGCAACACUAUCCUCUGGGGUGAUUUCCCUGUCGAAGAUACCGCUGCCUUCGAUCAACUUAAACGGCAGUUGUCCUGUAUGCGAGACCCCCUCGUUCGACAUGCACCUACGAGUGGUACAUCGACAACGCAAACGACCAGAGUUUCUGGCUCUGGAGCUACUGGAUCCGUUCCGUCGACACAAAUAUCUUCAGCUGGUCCACCUUCAGGCCUUGCUAAUACACCACGUGCUGACAACGACCAAAAUAUCGUGAGUUCCAUGGCUUCCAGAUCAGACUAUGUAGUGGAGAUCACCUCACCAUUCAAGUAUUUUGAAGUUUGCGUGAGUACGGGAAACCAUGCUAUCGAUCAUCAUGAGGUCGAUAUUUCACGCAUCAGUUCGGACAACGAGCUAUUUGAGAUGAUAUGGGACAAAUACAAUAUCAGUCGCGGUAUCGGUCUGCGGCGACUUUUCCUGCGGCCUAGCGACGUGAACUUUGUUAUGUUCUCCGUCAGUCAGCGCAACCAGUACGGAGCUGGUAUCCACAAGAAGCCCGAUGAGUUCCCACCACAAGAGGAACUGGACGAAAAGCGCUACCACUACCUUUGCCCUCGAAUCAGGAUGCCGGUCAACGUCUUUCUUCACUAUCUGCAUCGAGCGAGAUGGAACAUAUGGGGCGAGCAUAUGGAAAAUAUCUGGCUCCAACGUCUACCCAAGAAGCUCGAUAGGGAUUUGAUCGCCGAGGCCCAGCAGGCGAAGGGUAAUGCGCCUGCGAACGAAGACCUUGCGUUCGGAUGGGGAGUACACAUCAUUGAAGGUCCAAAUCACGCUGUACUUGGUCUUCUACUAGCUAUCGGAGUAGCUGUCGCUUUUGUUGUCUCCGGAAUGAUCGUGGGGUUUGCGAAAACACAAGAGCAAGGCUUUGGAGUCGGGAAUUUUCUUCUUGCAAUCCUUGCUAGUACUAUGACUGCUGUAUACUUUCAGCUUCAGGAUUGAAGAAUGACAUGUACCGUGCGAUUUGUUUGUGUUGCAAAGAGCCCAUCGUCUUGCAUUGGCAAGAGGAUCAGUACUGCACUAACCAGAGGCUGCUAGUACCCUCAGUUUCUCUGUAGGAAUCAUCGUUUUCCUGCGAGAGGGAUUCAAUGAGGAUGUUUCCACCGGC